GUUAUACAAUUAGGUUAUACCCACUUUGAAGUACGACAAGUUCGCGGAUGCGUCGUACCUGGAAGAACGAUUGGUUUGCAUUUGCGUCGUACUUUUCGUAGGUUAUGGCAUUGUUAUUACGCAGGUUAUGCCGUCCGACAUGCGCCUUGGGUUAUGGUUGAUUUGAGUUUGAUUCUGAUCGUUAUGGACGUCCAUAACGAUGGACUUUUGGUGACGCUAUUGACCACAUUUGGCUUCCGAUUAUUACCACUACAUGUUAAGCACAUCCCGGCCACACUCGAAGGUGGUCUGGUUUGA